AUGAAUGUGAGUAUUGAUUACCGUACAAGAAGCUCAAUGAAUAAUAUCCGGCGAAUUCAUCAGUUUGUGUAUUUCACGUGUCCAUUCAAUCAUAUCGCUUUCAUUGUUGAGAAGAUAAUGAUAAUCUGGGAUUUCGACGGAGGUUUCAAUGCAAAGACGACAACAUUCCAGGUGAUUCAAUUCAUCAGACUUGUCACAACUUUUAUCGGAUUCAUGUGUCUGCCAGCAUACGCAAUCGAACGAUCAUUUGCAACAUAUUUUCAUCAUGAUUAUGAAAAAGAGAAUCGUUCUUACAUUGGAUAUACAAUGAGUUUUCUCAUAUAUCUAACUUCUUUAAUUUUCGUUCUCAUCUGUAUUCAUUUCUCGGCUACUUUCUAUCCAUUUCUCGGCUUAUUUUUGAGUAAUAUCAUCAGUUAUAUUGUGAAUAUAAUCAACUACAAAUUAAAUCGUUACUACUACAAUUGCUCAUUGAGGAAAAUCUACACAUAUUCAUUGACGGAAAGAUAUCAAAUUUCAGAGAACAUUCAGUUUGCAAAAUUCUUCCAUAUAUUUGCUCUGACAGUAGCCCUUUUUGCAACAUUUUGCUCAUUUCUACUCCUCAUGGCAAGUCUUCCAUUCAGUUCUACUGAGAAGAACAUUUUCAUCGUUUCUUUUGACCUACUGUAUACUAUUUUUAUUCUUUACUGCCCUUAUAUUCACUACAAAUACAACGCCACGUGGCAACAUGAAUUCAAGAAAUGCGUGAAAUUGUACAAUUCGGAAGUGAAAUGCUCAAGCAUAACCAUCGGAAAACCGAGUUUACAACUAAAAACAACGUUCGGAGAGAGGAUGAAUUUGGGAAAAAAUGUACAAAUGGAUAUAUAUUUCAGUCAAUUGACCAAUUCAUGGAAUACAAUGCGACCUAAUGAACCAUGA